UGAUGAGUGGUCUUGGUAUGAUCGAAACGUCGUCACAGUCAAGUAUCGCAACGUACAUCAAUUCACAGUAGUAAAGCGUAAAAAGGACAAUACAAGUAUCCUCCUCUACGAGAAGAAAGGGCAAAUCAGGACCCGGACCAGAUCGCAACGACGAGGGUGCACGUUUAGCAAGCAACUCUAUUUAAAAGUAAACACGCAGUCCCAGCUGGAUCUCUGAUCUGGGCCAACAACAAGAUCGACCUCUUUCUCCAGACAUCAUAAGAGGAGAAGGCUUCAGAUCGAUUCCCGAGUGAUCACUUUGUAUCACAUCGACGACGAUGUCGGAUAGACCUAGACCACCACCGUUGCGAGCGGGUUCGGCAGCUCCCGCUCGAGCUCUACCUGCUGCGCCUGCGGACGAUUCGGAAGGUGAUGACGAAGAGGUCGUCCUUGCGUCAAUCCCGCAGGCAAAAUCGACAUCGUCAUCCUCAUCUUCGGAACAGAGGGCGAGGACGUCGGCAUUACACAAGACCGUCCGGUCGUUACCCAACACGGCAGCCGAGACGGGAUCGUCCGAAUUGACCCCCCUCCGAGCGCAUUACCUGAAAAAGACCCUUAUCGGGCUGGUCGUCGAGAGGGAACUCAACGCACUGUGUGAUCCUUCCCUCGGAGCCUCAGCUUUGGGGCUCUUGGGACCGCCUUUCCAGCCGUUGAGCCAUGAUGGCAAGAUGAUGAAGAUCUCCCGGACAGAGGGGGAACAAGGCGAUCUCCCCGUCCUGAGGUACCUGUUCCACCAGUUCUUGCUCCCCUUUCCCUUUCUCGCGGCGGCACCACCGACGUUUUGGUCAGGAAAGGUUCAACCGUUCAUCACCUCCUUCCUCGCGAUCAACCAGACCCGACUCAGCCCGACCGCGCUGUCCAGCGGAGGUGGGAACGGUGGGGAGCCGGACCUCUCCCUGGCCUCGGAGGAAGAACUGAUCGAAUACCACGCCCGGCGAAAGUUGUGGGAAAAGAUGCAGAAACAGUUGGCCAUGCUCUUUGGCGCGGGGAUCAAGUUGACCUCUGGGGAAGAGGUCGUCAGGAUCAACCAGGGGGAUCUGCGCAAGCUGGAGAUUGCCGGGGAGGAGGCGAGGAAGAAGAUGCUCGAACGGCAAGCUAGGAUGGGGCCUGGGUUUGAUGUGAAUGUGAUCUGCGUCAGGAACGUCGUCGAGAAGGGAAGGGUCAGGAGCAAGAACCACGAUGAAUUCAUCAUCCGGACGACACGACCCAAUGCACCUGAUACUCAUGUCGCCAGGCGGUAUGGUGAUUUCAAACGAUUGGCUGAAGAACUACGUCGGCAAUUCCCGGACUGCCAAUUCCCGGUACUUCCUCCCAAAGACAGGACUGCCACUACGACCCCUACACCGGCCUCCUCCGCUUCGUACUACUCGACAUACAACCCCUUGAGGGCGUUUUACGGAUCUGGACCUCAAGCCGGACCAUCUAGCGGGUCAGGCACGCCCACUUCCACCAACUCGACCGACGACCUCAGCCGAACCGAUAGUAUCGACGCUUACAGCUCGUCCCCCUUGGCCAGGGAGAAGAAUCGGUUGACCCUCAGAGCCUACCUCAACGUCAUCCUCAGUAUCCCCUUUGCCCUGAAUUCGAUGGUACUCCGAUCGUUCUUGUUGUCGGGAGCCAUCCAGCUCUCACCGGCAGAAAAACUCGACGCGCAAAGGCGAGCCGAGGCGGACGCUGUGAGGGAAGAAGGGAAGCGGAGGUUCAAGGAAGAGGCAGAGAAGCGGGUCGAAGCGCUGCGAGAAGGUCUGGCGGAUUUCAAGGGGGAUAUCGUCGGCAAGGAGGGCGGACUGAAGGGUGUGUUUGACGUUGUGCGGCGGGUCGAGUAUGCCAAGGACCUCCCGCCGGCAGAGAAGAGUGUCAUGGAAUGGGGAAAGAUCUCGCUCGCAGCGACCAUCUUUCAGAUCUUUGUCGCGGCCGAUAAUGCGUCCGAUACCUUGACCCAGUUGAAGAGAGUGCACGGGAUGAUGCCGUACUUUAUGCUUCGAGGCAUCUUGAAGGUAUCGAACCCGAUGGCGAUGAUCAGGGGUGUACUCGACUUGUUCCUAGCACGACCGUUCGGCGGUCAAAGCUUGAUCCAGCGCAUGUUCUCUUCCACCUUGUCGGAGGAAGUCCGCGCGGUGCAGGAAGAUAUCGAUGCCGUCGCCGAACGUAUAGACAAUCCCUCGAUCUGUCAAAAGAUCGACAAGUAUGUCAACGCGCCAUUCGAGGUGCAAACCAUCUUCCGGAAAGAUGCAGCCGAAGAAGGUCUCGACCUCCUGGCUGUCGUAUUGAGGUCGCCUGAACCCCCAUGCCUCGAUCGCAGUCAGAUGCAGCGCGUCAUGCGAGCCAAUAAGGCUUACUUGGCGUACAAGAAACGAAGAGAUGCGCUGGAUGACUCGGACGAUGAUGAAGGACCGGACAAUGAUGAUGCUUGGCUCUUUGAGGAUCUCAACGUCCUGAUGAAGCUGAUGGUGCGCAAGAGGGAGAAGGAGCAGCUUUUGGCAUUGAUAUUCGAGGGCACGACGGCUGAGCUCUUGAAAGAUAUCAUUACCAUCUUCUACUCUCCUCUAGCCACGGUAUAUAAGGCUGCCAGUAUCGCGGACUCGCUUUCGGAUGGUCAGAACUUUAUCAAUGAUCUGAUCAGGACGGUAGAGAGCGUCGAAGAACUGAGUCAGGAAGACCCAGGCAGGACGGUUCAGACCUUUAUAGAUCUGGUCCAGCGGCACGAGCAGGCUUUCUAUGGAUUCGUACACAAAGUGCACUCCAAGGGACAAGGCUUAUUUGACUCGCUCAUGAGCUGGGUCGAGCUUUUCUUGAACUUUGCUCGAGAUGGUGUCGGCGCAAAGGUCGAUCUCGAAUUCUUAUUACCGCACACUGGCGAAGAGCGCAUGGCCAUCCUGCGGGAGGUAGAUGCUGUCGCUUCGUAUCACUACAAGCUCAAGGUCGCCUACGAGGAGAAAGUGCGACGCCGAUUCCAGGGUCAAGGUGCCUCGUCUGAAGAGACCGCACUGAUCGACAGCGUGGUCGCCAGCCUGAAUAUAAGCGAUGCGGUGGUCAGGGACGUUGCUGAGAAUGAAGAGGAAGACGAGAGCUCAGAAGAGGAACCCGAAGCCGAUGAGGAGAAGACGCGAAACUUGGUAGAGGGUGGCGAGGUGGAAGAGUGGGACGAGACCGAACAAAAGAGCGCUACCAAUCACAAGAAGCGUUUGUCUAUCGCUAGCCACUUUAGCGAGCGGGAUGGGGACGAGACGCCCAGACAAUCUAGCGACGAGUCUAGGUUGCGCAAGCUGCGACACUCGAUCGACCUGCAUCGACACAAGGAUCCGACGCCUCCCCCGCCCGAGCCUCCUACACCCAGAUCGCGGCGACGCCAUCAGCAAAAGAAGGGUACACCUGACCCGAUCGUCCCGCCCGAGCUCAAGUAUCUGCCUGGUUUGAUGCCAGUCAUGGUAGAAGUUAUCCGGCCCCAAUUGAGAGUCAAGCCAAUUGCACCGCCUCCCACACUGAUCCAGAAUUGAGAUGCUAAGCUGGCUAUUAGGAUACUGUAAUGCACGCGAUUGAACGUUAGAAUGCCUAUUGAAGUUGUAGCUUGUGAUCGCAAUGAAUUUUUCUAAUGGAUAUUGUUUGAGUUCGA